AUGUCUUCUUCUUCUUCCUCUCUCACUCAUUCCAUUACGCUUCCGAUCCAACCCAACGAUCCCGUCCGUGUGGCUGCAGCCGCGGGAGUCUCUUCCUCUGAUUUCAGGCGAGUUCUCGACUUUCUGGUGGAUGCGAUAGAUUCAUGUUUGUUUAAGAACUGGCUAAGAAAUUUGGAAUCAGAGAAUGGAAUCUUGGCUAAUGGGACAAUGACAUUAAAGCAAGUUCAUAUUCAGGGAGUUGAUAUGUUUGGAAGACGAAUUGGGUUUCUCAAAUUCAAAGCAGAUAUUUUCGACAAGGAAACUGGACACAAGGUUCCAGGUAUUGUAUUUGCACGAGGGCCAGCCGUAGCCGUGCUCAUUCUCUUGGAGUCAGAUGGUGAGACUUAUGCAGUUCUCACUGAGCAGGUUCGAGUUCCUACUGGAAAGAUUGUUCUGGAAUUACCUGCUGGGAUGUUGGAUGAUGAUAAAGGUGACUUUGUUGGAACUGCAGUUCGAGAGGUCGAAGAGGAGAUCGGUAUAAAACUGAAAAAAGAAGACAUGGUUGAUCUCACAGCAUUCCUUGAUCCAUCUACAGGCCACCGGAUUUUCCCUUCUCCCGGAGGCUGUGAUGAAGAGAUGAGCAUGUUUCUGUACAGAAGGCAAGUGGAACAAGAGACAAUCACGCAGCUACAAGGCAAACAGACAGGACUCCGUGAACACGGCGAGUUCAUCAAAGUCCAACUCGUCCCAUACAGAGAGCUCUGGCGCAGAACAGCUGAUGCAAAGGUCCUUAUAGGCAUUGGUCUCUACGAAAUGGCUCAGAGAGAGGGUCUCCUGCCCAGACACUGA